AGAGCCGAAGAAGGCUGACAGCCAUGCGACUCGUCGCCCAGCUCCUUGACCUGGGACGGUUAUUUCACCGCCGAAGGGGACUGGACUCUGGCCAUCUAUGGCUGGACUCUGGACCCUGUUACCGAGUGGUAUAUCGUGGAGUCGCACGGCAGUGGGACCCCGGGCAACGGAGACAUUCUCGGUCAGGUAUAUAGUGAUGGCGGCGUCUACGAUGUUUACAAUUUACCCUACCGAAAUGUUCCAGAGAUCUACGGGGUUACUGAUUUCGACCAGCACUGGUCGGUGCGUCGCUCCCACCGCUCUACUGGCACCGUCGAUGUAAGCACCCAUUUUCAGCGCUGGAAGGAAUUGGGUCUCGACCCUGGCACCCCAAUCUUUCAGAUGGUUACCCUAGAAGGGUUCUCUGGCAAAGGGUACCUGGACUUCACCGUCAGCUAGAAAUGGAGAGGUUACAGGACCACGGCUGUCGGUGGGCACUCCAAGCCAGAUCCCCUCGAUGAAUAUUCUUAUGAGGGCAAGGAAACAUGGCUUCGGUGUCGGAAACAGGACGCCUCUUUCUCUUCUUAUUUCAUCUUCUCCUGUUGCUAGUUUUCUGCUUCUUUAUCGACUUGUUUCCAGUUAUCAAGUUCUUCACUUACCUUUGAAAUCAUUGCCACCAAUGUCAAAUUAAGAUCAAGUUCAUCAAGACCGUUCUACCCGACUUGAAACAACAAGCAGGAUUGGAACC